AUGGAUUCCAGGGACAGGGUAGAAGAGUUACCAGUUAUUUCAAGAAGUGAAGAUAAAAUGAUUUGGUCUGGUACAAUGUCAGGCACAUUCAAAGUCAGCUCUGUUGCUGAAUUAAUAAGGACUCACUAUAAAAAAGUUGUGUGGGUGAAUCAAGUAUGGCAUCCGGUGUUGCACCCUACAACAGCUAAUAAUGUCUGGAAGCUGGUGAGGGGCAUUUGUGCUACAUAUGAGAAAAUACAAGGAAAGGGCUUCAGUCUAGCAUCAAAGUGUUAUCUAUAUGGUAAGCAAACUGAAAACCUUGAACACAUUUUGUGGUUUUUCAAUUUUAGUCAGCUGAUUUGUAAAUGGCUUGGGGGGAUAUUUCUAUUUUGUAAUCCUGAAUCUUAUGAAGAUGUGAUGAAAUUUACAAAGCACAAAAAUAGUGUUGGGAAAGAAGUAUGGAUAUUGGCUGCAUCUAUCACAAUGAUGGAAAUCUGGUUCUUAAGGAAUAUAAUUAUUUUUGAUGAAGAAAAAGUGGAUAUUGUCAGUUUAAAACAGAGAAUAAAACAGUUAACAAAAGACUGUUCAAUAAGAAUGACAGGGUACAUGUGGGACUGUAACUAUGAUUAUCAGGUACUCAGGAAUUUUGAUUUUGGAAGAAGACCUACAAAAAUUCAAAGAAUUAUAGAGGUGAAAUUUAAACUUCCUGAGGAAAACCAAGUGUUGAUAUGCUGUGAUGGUGCUUCCAGAAGCAAUCCUGGUUUAGCAGGUUAUGGUUUUGUUUGCAGAAGUAGUAGUUGUGAAUUUAUAUAUGCUGGAUCAACAGGUAUAGGAAUUGCUACUAAAUUCUUAGAUGAGAUCAUGGCAGUUAUAGGUUCUGCAUAUUGGGCUGUGCAGAAUGGAAAACUGAACAUCAUUAUUUACUCAGACUCAUAUGCUGCUGUUCAAGCUUACAGGAAAGGCAAGUUACCAUGGUUUUUUCAGGUGAGAUGGGAAGGAAUAAGAAGCUCAUUAAAUAAUGUACAGGUGGAUCACAAUGUUAGAGAAAUAAAUUUUACAACUGAUUCAUUUUCUAAAAAGAGGAGCAGGCCUGGAGAGGGGUGUAUGCCAGAGGUAUCAGCAUAA